AUGUUCAAGAAAAUCAAUCUUUUUCAUUGCCAAAGCCUGCGCAUUUUGAACUCGACCGUGGUCUCCCCGCUUCCUCGUUCCAACAAUAAAGUCUCUACGGGCUAUGGACUGCAGGCACCAUACAAACGCAGUAACUAUGCCACCGCAGCAGGGUUCCCACAUCAGGACUACUCAUGGCCCAGCAAUCCAUCUUUCACUCCUUAUGAUGUCUUGAACCUACCCCGCAGCGCAACGUACACGAAAAGGAAUUACUAUGACCUUGUUAAGAUCUACCACCCUGACCGACCUCUGAAAGACCACCCUCUUUUCCAUCAAUUAACCGCUGAAACUCGACUGCAGCGCUACCGAAUUGUGGUGGACGCACAUGAAAUCCUUUCCGACCCGAUCAAACGAGCGGCCUAUGAUCGAAAUGGCACUGGAUGGAUCCACACGGUACUGGAUACAAGAGUAGAACGAGCUUCACAUGGACCGAACAUCUACGCCAAUGCCACUUGGGAAGAUUGGGAGGACUGGCAUAACCGCCACCAAGGACCGCAGCAGCAUGUUGUCGACCAGCGCACCUUCACUCGGCUUGUAAUCCUCUUGGUGCUGUUUGCGGGCGCCCUUCAAGCAUCCUGGCUCGGACAGGUGAAUAGUGGCUACAAUGAUCGCCUACGUGAGGUCAACGAGAAGUCGGCGCGCGUUCUACAGGACCGCAGAGACAGCACUGUCAAACAGAUGGAUUCCAAUGAUGCGCGCGUGCAGGGCUUUCUCAUUCGGAGGGACCCUACAGGGUCGGGUUUGAAGGAUAACGAGCACCCGGUUUAUCAGAGGGAGUUGAAUCCUCGGCGCGGUUUGGAUGUGGGUGACCAAGCUGGCAAAAAUAGCCGAGAGCCUGCACAGUCAGUGGACUUGGAGCCGGAACCUCCAGGACUCUGCUAG